AUGCUGUCAGAUAUAAGCGAAGAAUCAGACGAUGACACAAGCAACGAGUACUUUCCAUCAACAGAGCUAUCUAUGAGGGUAGCAAGUAUUACUGACAUACUCAACAACCUAUACCGAUUAUCAUACAAAAUUAGCAACUCUAGCCUUCGCCCCAGCUCUACCGGGGCCAGCUUGAUUCGAGCGGUGGACAAUGAGACAGAGAUCGAUCUCUUCGACACGCUCCAUGAGUUUGACUCAAGGCACCUGAUCGAACUCUUCAGAGCUAUACGUCAAGGAAAGUCUGAAGGCGCUGAAUGUUCCGACGUUCUUCUCGAAAGAUUCACAACAUCUCAUGUGUUACGACGCAAGCAAUUUAGAUAUUGGGAAAGGCAUGCUAGAAAACUUGGUAUUCAACUUCUGUCUGUGCGCCAAAUACCUAGCAGAGAGAUGAACUUAGCAUCAGAGGUUCAAGAGGAUGUAAGACUUCCACAAAUGAAGCGUCUUGAACUCCCUCCCCAGGUCGCGGAACAGAGCUAUAUUUCUGAGACUAAUGCAACCCCAUAUGACCCCGCCCGAGAUGAUCGAACAGAGAGAGAAACCAUACUGUCACUGGCCUCGACUGCCCUCGAUGCCGAAGGAAAUGGAAUUAAGGUGCCCACGCCUCCCAAGGACGCACUGAAUGGAGAUUCGUUUACCUGCCCUUACUGCUGGGUGGUUUGCCCCCCAAAGCAAGGAAGAGGAAAAACUUGGAAAUCGCAUGUCUUCCGUGACCUGAGACCUUACGUAUGCACGUACGAAGCAUGCAGCUCAACCAACGAUCUUUAUCAGUCAAGAAAAGCGUGGGUGGAUCACGAGGAAGCUGUACAUCGACCUAGUUGGCGAUGCCGCGAUCAUCCCGAUGCCUGGUAUGCGUCAUCUGCUAGUUUUCAGAGCCAUCUAUUACUGGAGCAUGAUAGAGGUCUCUCGGACGAACAACUCCAGGACUUGACAAACGUCUCUGAAUUGGCUCUAAUUGAUGAACGUGAUACUUGCCCCAUAUGCCUCGAAGAGAAGCCAUUCCCCAAAGGCCUGACCAAUCAUUUAGCAAACCACCUUGAGCGAAUUGCACUCUUUUCUCUUCCAACGACAACAUCCGCUGAGGACAAGAACGCGGAUGAAAGCGACUUCUCCAAAUUCUUCAACAUUGAUUCUGACGGUCGUCGACAUUAG